GGCAAAAUUUCCAAGGCGUAUAUCGAAGAAAAUGGUCAAACAGUCAACUCAAUUGAAGGAACUUAAAACCCAAACGCAGAAACCUCAAUUCAAGGAGCUUGAAAUCGAAGUGGAGCGUCAAAUCAGUGCAAUUAGGGUGGUUCGUGAUGUUGACAUCGAGCGAUUGUUGAUGGAACUUCGUUUGGUUCGGUCGUGUUUCAGUGAGGAACAGCUCCGGAAGCCAAUGCUGCAGGUCUUCGAAGAAACCUUACCGAAUCUCUCAAUUGUGAAAGAUGAAGGGAAUGGGAAAUUCGAUGUGAAGUGGAAAGAGAGAGGGAGCAAAAUGUCCACGACCUGUGGUGGUGUAGGAAGAGAUUUGCACGCUUCUCUGUUCCAGAGGCUUUCGAUUGCUUUUCCUUCGGAAUGUCCUUCUUCGGUUCCUCAGUUUGGUGGUUUUGAAUACUCUAGCAAUACUGGGAGAACAGGAUUUCUUGGUGAUAAAAAUCUUCAUUUUAAGGACUUUGUUUUUGAGGAGCCAUGUGAAGCUCAGACUCUCACAAGUCAAGAAGGUCUUCAGACUCCCAAUGUGAGUAGUCAGCGCUUGUCUGUUGGGAUGACACCCAAAACCCUUAGGCUGCCGAAACCUGGCGAGAUGCUUCUCUCUGUCCAUGGAUCACCUCUUGGUGUUUACAAGGAAAAUAACAUGGAAGCUAUAUAUGAGUCAGAAGAAGGUUAAA